AUGAGUGAUACCUUUCACAAAUUUGUCGAGCUUCCGACGGAACUCAGGCACUUGAUCUGGGAGGCCGCCUUCGAUCGUCUACCGGGUGUGCAAAUUCUUGAGGUUUGCAUCUCCCACCCCUCCAACAGAAAUGCUCGCCGCAACGACCCCUACACACUGCAACUCGCACUGCCCAAAGUCAAAGAUAAACAGCACCACCUCGGAACCCCUCGGUCGCGAUGGUGGCUGAAUGGAAAUCCAUCAAAAUGUCUUGCCGACCACAGGUUGUGGAUGGCUUGUAGAGAGUCACGACGUGUCAUACAGCGGCUGAAUAAAAGUGAAGAAAUUCAUUUCUUCACACACGAUAAACAGUUACUCGCAAUGCGACCGUAUCGAGACCUGUCACUUAUCCAAGACAACGUAUUUGCGUGGGCUGACUGCGUAGAGCCCGGGACUCUAAAACCACACCAAGUCGCCUUCGAGUACGACUCGUCUUGGUCUACGUCCAAAAGGGAAUAUGGAGACCGCUUCUGGCUUCGUAUAAUCGGAUCAACUGCCAUUAGAUUUGCUUUACAUGUUGAAGCAAGUGAAGGGUUAUCGAUAGUCGACUACAGUUUGGUCCGUCGAUCUGCGGGUACAUGUGGACUCGAUGGUCGUGCGCAAGAGUCUUUGGUAUCCUUCUAUGCCGGAGGAUACAAGCUCGUUCAAGUUGACAUGCGAUGCAACGACAGCAUGGAACUGGAGUUGGUAGGAUGGGAGUACAUCGAACCUGAAGAUGGAGAAUCAGUCGCGUUAACAUCGAUCGACAUACUCAACAAAAUGGGACACUUGAUUGAGAGACAAUUUGAUCUAGCCAGGAGAGGAAGUGUGCUCCAGCAAGUAAAGCUUUUGGCACUAGAAGAAUGUUGA